AAGAACCAGCCAAUCAGGAUGAAGAAGAGCCGCAGCGUCUUGACUGUGACCGGAGAGGAGGGCAAUGAGGCACCCGUGGGCGGGGAGAAGGCAGAGUCAACGCGCUACAGCCGUUCUUAUACAUCCGGGAGCACGCUGGGGGUGGAGUUUCGGAGGGGGCGGAGCCGGAGACUCUCCUCCAGCUUGCAGGUACCGUGUUGGCUCCGCCCACGUUCACGCUCACCGGAAGUAUUGAGUAUCAUGCCACGCCCCACAACCCUUCCACUACGCAUCCCACCACGGAUUGCUAUCACACACGCUGACACAGACAGUGAGGUGGAGAAUGGAGGUGUAUCUCCAGCUGAUCUCAGUCCAGGUCUGAUGCUCCAUCCCUCGUUCCCUCAGUCUCAGAGGAGAGAGAGUUUCCUCUAUCGCUCCGACUCUGACUACGACCUGUCACCCAAAACCGUCUCACGCAACUCCUCAGUGGCCAGCGAAGGACACACUGCUGAAGAUUUCAUCGUCACUCCUUUUGCUCAGGUGUUGGCUAGUUUACGCUCUGUCAGAAGCAAUUUCACAAUCCUGGCUAAUCUCAACACCCCCACUGUAAAGAGAUCUCCGCUGAGCAGCCAGUCUUCAGGGCUCAGGAGCUCACUCUCAGAUCACCAGUAUCAGCAGUUGACCUUGGAGACUCUGGCGGAACUGGACUGGUGUUUGGAUCAGUUAGAGACCAUUCAGACACACCGCUCAGUCAGUGACAUGGCAUCAAGCAAGUUUAAGCGAAUGUUGAACCGGGAGUUAUCUCACCUGUCUGAAAUGAGCCGCUCGGGAAACCAGGUCUCCGAAUACAUCUCCAGCACCUUUCUAGACCAGCAGAACGAGGUGGAGAUUCCGUCUCCGACUCUGAAAGAGAAACCAAUGAGCCACAUUAGCGGAGUGCGAAAACUUUCUCACACCCACAGUCUGGCAAACACACCGCUACCGCGAUUCGGAGUCACGACUGAACACGAGGACAUGCUGGCAGAGGUGAUGGAGGAUUUGAAUAAGUGGAAGUUCAAUAUCUUCCAAGUAGCCGAGCUCUCAAAUAACAGGCCGCUCAGCUGCAUCAUGUACUCCAUAUUCCAGGAGAGAGAUUUGUUGAAGACGUUCAGAAUUCCGGUCGAUACGUUUGUCUCCUACGUGAUGACCCUGGAGGAUCAUUACCAUAGCAACGUAGCAUAUCACAACAGCCUCCACGCUGCUGACGUCACUCAGAGCAUCCACUGCCUGCUGUCCACUCCGGCUCUGGACGCUGUCUUCACUGAUCUGGAGAUUUUAGCUGCUCUCUUUGCUGCCGCCAUUCAUGAUGUAGAUCAUCCUGGAGUCUCCAACCAGUUCCUCAUCAACACCAACUCUGAGUUGGCUCUGAUGUAUAAUGAUGAGUCUGUGUUGGAGAAUCAUCACCUGGCUGUGGGCUUUAAGCUUCUUCACCAGGAGAACUGUGACAUCUUCCAGAACCUCAGCAAGAGGCAGAGGCAGAGUCUGCGCAAGCUCGUCAUAGACAUGGUGUUGGCCACUGACAUGUCGAAGCACAUGACCCUCCUGGCUGAUCUGAAGACGAUGGUGGAGACGAAGAAGGUGACGAGCUCUGGCGUGCUGCUGCUGGAUCACUACACUGAGCGUAUACAGGUGCUGCGGACCAUGAUGCACUGCGCUGAUCUGAGUAACCCCACCAAACCGCUGGUUCUGUACAAACAGUGGACGGAGAGAAUAAUGGAGGAGUUCUUCAGACAGGGCGACCGAGAGAGAGAGAGAGGGAUGGAGAUCAGCGCCAUGUGUGAUAAACACACCGCCUCCGUGGAGAAGAGUCAGGUGGGGUUUAUAGACUACAUUGUCCACCCUUUGUGGGAGACGUGGGGUGACCUGGUCCAUCCGGAUGCUCAGGAGAUCCUGGACACUCUGCAGGAGAACCGAGACUGGUACCAGAGUGCUGUCCCUCAGAGUCCGUCACCGCCACCGGACAGAGAGAAAACUCACACUGACCGGUUCCAGUUCCCCAUUACACUGCAUGAGGAGGAGGACACACAUACCUACAACAACCACACACACACGCUCAACCACACACACACUCUCAACCACCACAACCACACAGAACCAGAGCAAGAACUGGAACAGGAACCAGAUCAGGAACUGGAACCAGAACCAGAGCAAGACCUGGAACAGGAAACAGAGCAUGAGCCACAGCAGGAACUGGAACAGGAACCGGAACAGGAACCAGAGCAGGAACUGGAACAGGAACCUGAGUCAGAACCAGAACAGGAACCAGAGCAGGAACUGCAACAGGAUCCAGAACAGGAAGCUGAGUCAGAACCAGAACAGGAACCAGAUCAGGAACUUGAGCAUGAAGUAGAACCAGAGCAGGAAACCAAGCAAGAACCUGAGAAAGAACCUGAGCAGGAACCAGAGCAGGAACCUGAUCAGGAACCUGAGCAGGAACCACAGCAGGAACCAGAGUUCAACAGCAUCCAAGAGGAGGAGAAAGGAGAUGGAGAAGAAGUGGAGAUAGAAGAUGGAGAAGCAGAUGGAGAAGGAGAGAUGGAGGAAGGAGGCGGAGAUGAGGUGGAAGGAAGAGAAGCAGAUGGAGAUGGUGAGGUAGAUGGAGAAGAAAGAGUAGAAGAAGAAGAGGAGGAGAAAGAAGAAGAAAGGGUAGAAGAAGGGGAAGUAGAAGAGGGUGAAGGAGAAGAUAGAGAUGGAGAAGAUGAAAAGAAAGAAGAAGAAACAGGAGAAGUAGUAGCAGAGAGAGAAGAGAAUGAAGAAACAGAAGAAAGAGAGGAUGGAGGAGUAGAAGGAGAUGAAAGAGGGGAUGGAGAGAAAGAAGAAGAGGAAGAAAUUGAGUGA